CGGAGCUCCAAGCUCCCCACAACCCGUCCUACCGUUACACCUCGGCAUCUUUGCUACCCCAGAGUCUCGCAAGCUCCGCAAUCAUGUCCUCAAUGAACGCGAAGGCAGCACACGCAAUUCACACUGCAAAGACUAUCAAUACACCAUCAUGGACGCCAAGAUUUCCCACCUGUCGUCUGUUCCCUGGGCCGCUGCUUUGAUUAACGACCCCAACUGGACGCCAAUGGAGACCAGCUCGCGAUCAGUAAAGCCAUCAGGGGAAGACUCCUUCUUCGCAGGAACGCUUGGCACUGAUCGCACAAUAAAAACUCUUCUUACGUUUUGUCCGAAAAAUGAGGAAACAGGCGACAUCGCGUACAAAGAGAUCAAAACCAUUGUGGAGCUAGGCGAUGGGCUACAAGGCUACCCACGGAUCGCACACGGUGGCUUCCAAGCAACGUUGCUUGACGAGAUGUCCGGCGUCUUGAUCGGGACGGUCAUGGAGAAAAAAGCGCAAAGGUCGAGUGAGGAUGGUCGCCGCGCACCAGUCGCAAGCUACGUUACUGCCUAUCUAAACACUACCUACAAGAAGCCAGCGCCAACCCUGCAGGCACUUCUCUGCACAGCCAAGAUCGAACGAAUAGAAGACGGCGGCCGCAAACUAUACGCUCGAGCGACUCUCGAAGACGGCAACGGUACGAUAUACACCAUCGGCGAGGGCAUGUUCAUCAGACUUUCAACCAAGCUAUGAUACCUCUGAAUGAUCAUGCGCUUUGCAUGGGAAUAAGCAGUGACCCCACAGUACUACUACGUGCCACGGAAUAUAUUAGA